GUGCGAGGUGCAUGCAUUCUUUCUCGCGAGUUUUGUUGAGUCGUCGGUCAGCAGCAAGAAGAACCAAAAAAAAGUCCAGCAUCGCGGUUUUUACUAUUUUUUACGGAUUUCGUACGGCGUGCCGCCAACGGGAAGUUAACAUUUUCUUCUGCAUAUUUGCGGUGUCGAGUUUUGGAUCGCACUUUUGCGAAAGUGAUAAUUUUGUGACAAUCAUAAAAGGAAGCGUCGAGGUCAGGAGCUUGAUUCAGUGCGGUGAUUCAGCUGGUGGCGGUGGCUGCUGAAGAAAGCGUGGCGGAAAGCUGGGAGUGCGGUGUAGAGUGGCAAAAAAACGCAGUGGCACCAAGUGCAAAAGGAAAUUUUGACAGCGGAAAAAUCGAACUUUUCGUCCCAUUUAUUAGUUUGCCAUUCGGUUCACCGAAAACGCGGAAAACGUGCGUUUUCUUCCCCUGGACAGAAACUGGAAAGUGCAUCAAAGUGUUGAACCCGUAAAAGUGUUGUCGAUUUUGUGUGUGGGAUUUUUCCUCCUCUGCGUGAGCUGCGCUGCUGUGACAUUUGGCUUUUUAAGGGAUUGGAUAUUGCCGAAGGCCACUGCCAUUGCGACGGGGGAAACAAGCGGAACGACGAUGGGUGAACAUUCGUUGCAGCAGCCGCAGGGACAAACGGCGGAUGGUGACCAGCCACCGCAACAGCAGGGCGAGGAGGGAGCUACAGCUGGAACGUCGGGAUCCGCUCGGCAGCAACUGCAAGGCGAAUUGCGUGACAUCCGACAGCUGUUGUGGGGUCCUGCUAUUCGACCGGAAGUGUUCCGUCGGUGGUCCCAGGGGUUCGACUUUAGCCAGUGCGAACCGUCGGCGCUGGUCCAGCACGAUGGUGGACCGUGUUGUGUAAUCGCCCCGGUGCAGGCCUAUCUGCUGAAGAUUCUGCUCAUGGAAACACCCGGACACAGCUUUAGUGAUCUAACCACAGACAAGUGCAAAACCCUGCUCAUCCAAGCGAUCUGCCAGAUUCUGAUGAAAUGUAAAUCCUCCAAGUAUCGGAUCGUAAGCCUCCAGGCCCGGCAGGCAUCCGGCACCGGACCGGGAUGUUCCUCUUCCAGCAGGCCCGUCGAAGAGACGGACGGCGACGCCGAGAUGGUGGACGCCCUGGAGAACCUCCCACCGAACGAGCCGGUGGAGCUCGGGGUGGACGCCGCUGCUGCCUCGGCCGAUUUGGCCAAUCAGAACAUCAUGGCGGAAGGUUCGGCGAGUGAGGGUUCCGAAGUGCAGGAGGCUAGCUGCGGAGGCGGCGAUCCUUGGAAUCCGGAGACGUUCCACGAGAGGCUAAGCGUUAACGAGCUGGAACAGAUCGAUGAUGUCGAGAAGUAUUAUGCCGGAAAUUUCCACGUGCUGGCCGAGGAGUGCGGAGUGUUGCUAUUGUUGUAUACGGUUUUGUUGACGAAGGGUCUCGAAAGCGUGCUAGGAGAAGUGUCGGAUACGUCCGAGCCGCUGAUACACGGCACCUAUGGCUACGGUAGUCAAGCACUCAUCAAUCUCAUGUUGACCGGGAGGGCCGUUCCCUACGUUUGGGAUAACGAGCAGGACGUUGGUGGCUUGAAACUGAAAGGCAUCACGCAACAGUCCGACAUUGGGUUCAUCACGUUGAUGGAACAGAUGCAAUACUGCACGGUUGGGUUCUUUUACAAGAAUCCGAAGAAUCCCGUCUGGGUGAUGGGUUCGGAAACGCAUCUGACGGUGUUGUUUAGCAACGAGCGAAGGCUAGUGUCGCCGGAAACGCCCAGCGAAUUGGCCCGGCGGGUUUUUCGACAAUUCGACACCGAAGGAAGCAACUUUAUACCAAGCCCGUUGUUGCAGGAUGUGUUGUGCGCACUAGAUCUGGUCAGUGAACCGGAAUACGUUGAUCUGAUGCGCAGAAAGCUCGACCCGGAAAGUCUCGGCAUCAUCCUGUUGAACGAUUUUAUGAACGAGUUCUUCCCGACGGAGAAAAAAUCCGUUCCGGACACGUUCGAUCUGCUGCAUUACAACGGCAUCCCGAACUCGAACUGCGAUAACCGGGUUCGCUAUAACAAGGGUCAUGCUAUCCAGCUGGAGAGCGACGUGCGGAUGUGCAACCCGUCGGAUCCCAUGCUGACCUGCCUGCAGACCAAGUGGCCCAACAUUGAGGUCAACUGGAACGACUCGCGGACACCGUCGUUGAAUUGACCGCUCGAUGUUUCUUUCUGUUUGUUGUUGGCAUAAUUUUGCAGCAGCACAUGACCACACCGAUCCCGAUAGCGAGAGCUUUUUCGUGGAUAAUAAAAUCGAUUCCGGAAAUUCUUCUGGGACCGCAGAUGAAUCCAGCUACAUAGUGGAAUGUAGUGGACACACAAUAGACAGCGCCAUUUCUCCGAAACCUGUUUUAAUGAGAACCCACACAAACACACUCACAAGGCAUAUUUAUCUCACUCACACACUCAUACGCAGUUGCAGCAACCAAUCACACAAACUACUCUACGGAAAGAAUAAUAAAAUAGAUACUAACUCCAAAAACACAAAGUAGCUGAUUAGCGAAAGUAAGUAGAAGCAACAGGUAACAAGUUAGCAUAUUACUACUACUUAGAAGCAGACAUGAGAGUUCUUCUACUACUACAACUACCAAAACAAAUAGUCAUUAUAACCAAUUCCCCAUUUUCUCAAACUACUAAAUAACCAAAAAAAAAUCAAUCAGUGUUAAAAACAGCUGCGCAGCAAACAACCAACGACAACAUUACAAAGAAAACGAACAAUAGAAGGCAGAAGUGAUACAAUCCCCCUUGAAACAAAAUCGACAAGUGACCUGUGAAAAGACGUGAAUACAAAACACAAAACGGAAAUGAUCAGAAGCGGAGACAGGGCCAGUGGAGAAGAUACGUGUUUACUUCUUGAUUUUACUCCCCUCCCCUAUUCUUCCUUCUCGCGAGAUAUUAUAACUGAAAUUUAAUUCCAACCCCGCAACAAAAAUCGCAUAAUAUGUAGAUUUGUCCUAAAAUAAUGAAAAGAAAUAAAAAAAAAUAAAUAAAAAAGAACGCGCGUAGGAUUAUAUAUUAGGAGAGACAAGAAAUACGAAAACGAAAUCAAAGAAACUGUACCGUGGAAUGAUGCGAUAUAAUAUAUAUUAGAAAUGACAGAAACCUUAUUGCGAUGAGAUAAAAAUAGUUGGCGAAAAGAA